UUUAGACAAAGGCGUUCGUCUGAAAACGUGACAUUUACGGCUGACAUGGUUCACAUUCUUCCUGGUUAUCCCAAGCAGUCAGACGAUUCUCCCGGUGUAGUCCUACUGGCUUUCUACCUGAGUCUUCCACAAGGAACUUCGGAAAGCAGCGUCGUCUCUGAGAGUAUAUUACAUGAUAUUGUGAUGGGUCAUAAAGAGAACAUUCAAACAUCUAUUGGAGGUGAAAUCUCAAGUGUCGAUCCUUAUUCAUCUGGCUCAGAGGUACCGAAAAACGAGGAAAGCAACGAGGGAAAUGGCGAAAAGUCAAAACCAACCAACGUUAUUAUCGGCGCUUCGGUGGGCGGUGGAUUGCUGUUAAUCAUUAUUGGCGCCGUUCUGAUCGGCUUCAAAAAGAGUGACAGGUAUUUCUAG